UCCCUCCAUCAGAGGCGGGGAACGAGGGUAGCGUUUUGCCAAAAUAUCUUAGCAUUGGAUGUGGGAUGUUGACCCUGGGAUUUUAUAAAAUUCAGAAAUACAGGCAUUUGUGAUGUGUAUGCUGUGGAGUACUGCAUUGUGUACAUUUUUAUAUUAAUGCAACAGCUCUGUAUAGUGCAAGGGCUAAGCCCGGAAAUGCACACAAUUCUAAUUAUUACAGAAUAUUGUUUUUCAUAGACCAUUAUGCAAUAUAUAACUUUAGGUUAUGCUUGGACAAUCCUAAUAAUUGAUCAGAAGGGAUGCAAUGCAGUGUGAUACUCUGUGGAAUGUGGUUUGCAUCAGGAUGUUUACCUUGAUUUGUUAUUGAUCAUAUUCAAAUUUUGUCAUAAUGAUUUGUUUUUAGUUGUCUAUUCCUCAAAAUGUUCAUUUGAUGAUAUACCCUGCUUUGACUGUUCUAUAGGGCCGUACAACAAUGGGGUAUUUGAUUGGUGUUUUUUGAUUAGUGAUAACUGUGCAGUUCUUGGCCUGUAUUGUCUUCUACUUUUUGAUCUCCCUGAUCACAUACAUAUGGCAUGUUCACCAGUGCUCCACUGGACUUCCUGUGGAGGUGUACAAGAGCCUAUCUGUACCCACUGCACAGUUAAAUUAAUUUACCUGCUGUAUGGGAUGUUAUCUUGUGAGUUUGGCUGCCUGAGGAGCAUCUAAAGAUAAGAACCAUAAGGUCAUGUGAAUACUGUGAUACACAUGUUUACCUAUGUCAUGGCAUAAUGCUUUGUUGGCUUGAAGCCAGGACACCCAGGCAUCAUGACAGCUGUGAGCUAGGCUCAGUGAGCAGCACCACACCAAUUUUAAAGUUUCUGUUCGGAGUCAGGCCAUGUAUGAUAAGAAAAAACCUAUCUGGGCAUUAGGAGAUCCCCAUAUCUAGUAACACACUAUUGAUGCUUCUUGACAAGCUAAUCCUAAAAUUCAACCAAGAUUAGUACUCAAGAUAUCACACACCAUUAGACAAGUAUAACUGAUUAUUGUUGUGCAUGUUUCUUAAUUUUUCUUUUCUCAGAUAGCCAUCCACUUGACUGCCAGCACACCAGCCUGGGAUCAUGCUGCUGAGCCAGACACGCCGGCUGGCCACCCGCAACUUCCUUUCUGGUCUGGUGGUGGGCUCUCUAGGUGGUGGACUCUGCUACUGGGCACUGACACCCUCACUCCACACUGAGCAGUCCAAGCCAAGUGAACAGAGUGAACGGGAGCUGGGCAACGGCCCAGGCAGUCAGUGGACAUCAUCAGGUGGUGGCUCUGGUGACCCAUCUGAUGCCCCUGACCGGCGGCCAGCAGCGGCGGCGCCGGACUCCAACCAGCGCUGGUCCAAGAUCCUGCAGUAUGGCGAACCGCGCGCGGCUCGGCCUGUAGCCCGCUUCACCAACCACAUGGUGGGCUACGAUGCCGGCCGCAAGGUGCCCACCUGGGUGAUCGAGCACAUCGACCGCAACACCAUCAAGGGCGAGGCGAACAGGCGCCGCAGCCGGUUCCAGCCAGACCCGGAGACGGCGGCGCUGUUCUCGGCCAUGGACGCCGACUUUAAGCGCAGCGGCUGGAGCCGUGGCCACAUGGCGCCCGCCGGCAACAACAAAUACGACCAGCGUGCGAUGGACGAGACAUUCUACUACACCAACAUCGUGCCGCAAGACUUCGACAACAACAGCGGCUUCUGGAACCGGCUGGAAAUAUACUGCCGUAAUUUGACCAAGACCUUCGACGACGUCAACGUCAUCUCGGGCCCGCUAUUCCUGCCGCAGAAGGAGGAGGACGGCAGGAAAUACGUCAAGUAUGAGGUGAUCGGCGAGGGUGAGGUGGCUGUUCCGACACACCUCUACAAGAUCGUGGUGGCAACACGGCCCGACGACCGGCCGCAUGUGGGCGUGUUCGUGGUGCCCAACGCGCCGGUGCCCUCGCACCGGGAGCUGGCCGAGUUCGCUGCGCCCCUGCACGAGGUCGAGCGCCGGGUGGGCGUCACAUUCCUCGCCAGCCUGGACAGGGCUGGCGCGUUCGACCUGUGCCAGACACACGGCUGUCGGCUGCUGCCGCACGACCAGGUGGAACGGCCCUACAUCGAGCGGCGACUGGCCGCGGCCAAGACGCAGGAGCAGCUGGACAGGGCCUGGGCCGACUUCAAGCGCCGCCGGGUCUCAUACACCGUCGGCUCGCUCGAGCUGUACGAGCGGCGUCAGGCGGAGCUGGCGGCCGGCCGCCAAGAGCUCUAAGCGGCUGCUAGCAGCUGGGAGCGGCCUGCAGCGGCGGCCGGGGGUCCGAAGCACCUGCCGUGACAGCGACCGGGGGCCUCCGCGCCGCCUCCCCGCCCUGCUACCGAGGGACAGUUGAGCUGUGAUGGUGGCCGGCUACCCGAGCUGGCGCUCGGUGCGGCCGAGGGCCUCGUGAGAAACGGCCGCGGGACCUGAGAUGUAAUAAACCCGCUGACAAGGCUCGGUGGGGUCAGCUCCGACAGUGCGGCUGGACGGGCGCAGUCAGCGAUGGCCGAUGGCCAACCGCGCCCCGAGGCGCAGCCCACCGGCGCCGCCAACAGUGCCGGGUGGCCGUCCCCCAGGGACGUCCGGCGCGGCGGCUACAGUGCUGCGUUGCGAGCCAGGUGGCACCCGUGGAGAGCGCUGAGUGGACGUGGCAUGCGCCCUCGUGGUACCCGACAAGCUCCGGACCGACGUCCGGAGCCGCCAGACAGGCGUCCCGAGCCGCCGGACGGG